AGCCUCCUCAAAAAACUUUUUUUUUCAAAUUUAUUAGGCUUUCUUCGAAUUAAGAACGCAUGCCUAUAUAAUGACAACGUUAAAUGAGGAAGAACAGAAUGUUAAUAAUACAUAUUAUUGACCCAUACAAGGAUACAGGUCUAGAAAUGACACAUACAUAACAGUUCAACUAAGUAACACAGUAAAAUAUCGAGAAAUGUACAUGUAGCUACAACCUGGAUCAUAACAAUCGGUAUGAUGACGCUUCCAGUAAACAAGAGCAUGUGAGUAAAAUAACAUUGAUCUUCAGAUCAACAAACCUUAACUCAGCUGCUCUAUUCAGAUUUUAGAUGCAGAGGGCUGUGAAGUAUAAUUAUCAGAUGAGAACAAGAUAGGAAGUCACGGAUAUGGGGAAUGCAUUAUCAUUGCUAACGGAAGCACAGCUACAAGAGUAUUUAAACCAAACUCCAUUCACAAAACCUGAACUUGGUAAAAUACUACAAAAGUAUGCUACAUAUGAUAAAUCGGGAAAAAAUGUUCAGGGAAUCCACCCGGAAAUCCUAGAAAAUAUGCCAGAAUUCUUACUCAAUCCAUUGGCUUCAUGCAUCAUCGCACACUUUACUGAUGACUCAACUGGGUUGAUUUUCCCUGCGAAUUGGAUAUCCAUGUUCAGUGAUCUCAGCUCAAAAGCGCACAUUGACCAAAAACGUGCUUUAUUAUGGAAUCUAGUCGACUAUCAUGGAACUGGUAAAUUACAAUACGAGGAACUUUGGAGGUUUUAUAAAUUUCUGUUUGGUGUAGCACUGACAGAGGAUCAGAUACUUGAGCUUGUGAUUGAGAAACUCCAUGAUCCUGGACUUCAGGAGAAAGGGGAAUUGUCAAGAGAGGAAUGGGACAAUAGCGUUUCUGAUAGGGAGAUCAUUGAGAGACUAACUAUAGAUUUCAACUAUGAAUGAUUGAAUACAAACAAUGGAAAUUAAAGUUUUCAUAAAUAUUAAAGAUCUUAUAAACAUUAAUGCUGAUAUUAGAUCUGAGAACUAUAUUGUAUUGUAACCAUAGUUAUAUUACAUAUUGUUAUUUAUGAU